AAACUGAGCCCGGGCAUCACGCAGUUUGCCUACAGCUGCGUGCAGGAGCAUGUGGUGUGGACCAACAUCCAGUUCUGGGAGGCCAUGUUCUACUGUGAUGUGCAGAAUCACAUCCGAGCCUUGUACCUGGACAACAACGAGGAGAACCACACGGGUGAGACGUCUGACAUCUCCUUCCAACUCCUUCAGGAGAGCACGGAGGGGCCACAGGAAGCCAAGUCUGCCCUGGAGAUAGCAUCGGAGCAGCUGAGGCUCUGGCCCACCAUGAGCAGAGAGAAACAGCAGGAGCUGAUCCAGAAGGAGGAGAGCACUGUUUUCAGCCAGGCCAUCCACUAUGCCAACCGCAUGAGCUACCUGCUGCUGCCUCUCGACACCAGCAAGAACCGCCUGCUGCGCAGCUCUGGGCUGGGGGACGUGGAGAGCGUCAGCAACAGCUUCGUCACCAACAGCAUCGCUGGCAGCAUGGCUGAGAGCUAUGACACAGAAAGUGGAUUUGAGGACGCAGAGAGUUCCGAUGUGGCCAACUAUGUGGUGCGAUUCAUCAACCGCUUUGUGGACAAAGUCUGCACGGAGAGUGGAGUCACCAACGAGCACCUCAAGGGGCUGCACGUCAUGAUCCCUGAUAUUGUGCAGAUGCACAUAGAGACACUGGAUGCCGUGCACAGGGAGAGCAAGAGGCUUCCUCCCAUCCAGAAGCCAAAGCUGCUGCGCCCCAACCUGCUGGUGGGUGAGGAGUGUGUGAUGGAAGGGCUUCGCGUGUACCUCAUGCCUGAUGGACGGGAAGAAGCUGCUGGAGGGAAUAUUGGUGGUCCACCUCUCCUUCCCGCGGAAGGAGCCAUCUUCCUCACCACUUACCGCAUCAUCUUCAAAGGCACUCCCACGGACCCUCUGGUGGGGGAGCAGGUGGUGAUCCGGUCCUUCCCCAUCGCCUCGCUGACCAAAGAGAAGAAGAUCAAUAUCCAGGCCCCGGUGGAUCAGUUCAUCCAGGAGGGCUUGCAGCUGCGCUCGUGCACAUUCCAGUUGCUGAAGAUUGCCUUUGAUGAGGAGGUGGCUUCAGACAGCGCCGAGAUCUUCAGGAAGCACCUGCAUAAGCUGCGCUACCCCCAGCAUGUCCGUGGCACCUUCGCCUUCACUGUGGGCCAGUCGCCCAAGCAAGCCAUGCAGCCCAAGGCCAAGGAGAAGAACCCCUCGCUCAG